AUGAUAAGAAAAUAAUUUAACCCAAACAGUUGUAAUUAAGGUGGCAAAUAACAAAUUGAAACUUUACAAGAAAAGCAUCUAAUUGCUCUGAUUAACACCAGGCCUCGAGUUGUAAUAAAAGCGCCCCAUCCGCAUGUUGAUGCAAACAAACCUUUUUCCAUCAAAGAAAAGCAAGAUUUUACAGAAAUAAAUGAAACUUAUCGUAGGGUCUAAGCCUUAAAAUCAGGCUAUUCAGAUUCUAAAAUGCCAAAGACCUUUAAAAUGAAAGAGGCUUUAAAGAGGAAAAAUAAAGUGUCCCAGUUUAUCUAAGAAUAAAAUCAUUUUAAUAACAUCAGAGCUCUGGAAAAUAAUAUAUAAGAGAUCACAACAAGAACCCAAAAAAAUAUAUAAAGAAUCAAAUCUAACUCGCGUAUGCACAGUGUUGCCUCUUCCAUUAAGGAAAACUCUAGAAUUAGCAAAAGGGAAUGGGAAGAGAAAUCAACUCAUCCUUUAGAAUAUGAAUGGAAACCAGAUUCAGCUUUUAGUAAAUCAAAAUAAAGUAAAGGGGAUACAAUUUUAACUAAUGUUUUUUCAUUUGAUCAAAGCCUUUAAAAAUACUAAACUGCCUCAAAAAGAAACUAGCAAGAUCUUCCAUAUGAUCAUGCUGAUAUUCCGUUAUCUGAAGAAAUUCAAGAUGAUGAUUUUUUUAUUUACACUGAAACACAAAAACUUCCAAAUGAUAAUCAGAUCUAAUCACCUCAUUCUACGAUUAUGGAUAAGAAGACAAAAUCGACAACCAAUGUUGUUAUUCCUUUGGUGAGACCCAAUGAAAAGAUGAAUGACAUUAAACGAAAAAUUUAUCAAACCUUGAUGGAAUAUAAAUUAUUUUAAAGAGAUUAGGUUUACUAAAUUGGACUGGCUUAUAUCAACAAAAAUUAAUGGCUUGAUGAAAACGAAAUUCUAUAAGAGUGCAAUAGGAUAUCGAAGUAAUUAUAUGGAGUUGAAUGAAUUCAAAUCUUUGAAAUUAUUAAUUUUAAAUAAUUUCUUAUUCCUCUU